CAGAGCUGGGAGGGGGCAGAGAGAGAUUUUUUAUUGGAAGCUGUUAAAGUGGUUGCUAUGAGACCUUCUCCAGCUAACACAGGCACAGCAGUGUGUGAGGCUGAUAAAUCAUAGCUCUUGCAUUAUACCUUCCCUUUCUGUCUAUUUUUUUUUUUUCCCUAACACAGCUUUUAUAGUUGUUUAAGAUCAGAGAAAACACCUGCCAGUUGCUUUUCCUUCUGUUUCGGUCCCUUCUGCUGCUUCGUGCAAGAUGGAGCUAGAAAAUGCAAUGAUCAGCUCCUCGAGCAGUUCUUCAGCAGGCUCCAGAGAGUACAAGGUGGUGAUGCUGGGAGCAGGAGGAGUUGGCAAAAGCGCAAUGACAAUGCAGUUCAUUAGUCAUCGGUUCCCUGACUACCAUGACCCAACUAUAGAGGAUGCCUAUAAAACUCAAGUCCGAAUUGAUGAUGAACCAGCCUAUUUGGACAUUCUAGACACUGCUGGACAGGCAGAAUUCACAGCCAUGAGGGACCAGUAUAUGCGAGGUGGAGAAGGCUUCAUUAUCUGCUAUUCCAUCACAGACCGCCAAUCCUUUCAAGAAGCAGCUGAGUUCAAGGAGCUCAUUUAUCGUGUCCGGCACACUUACGACAUCCCCGUGGUGCUGGUGGGAAACAAAAUAGACCUUGAGGAGUUCAGACAGGUCUCAACUGAAGAAGGAAUGAGCUUAGCCAGAGAAUAUUCCUGCUCCUUUUUUGAGACUUCAGCUGCUCUCCGUUUCUACAUUGAUGAUGUCUUUCAUGGAUUAGUGAGGGAAAUUCGAAGGAAAGAGUCCUCACUGUCCAUGAUAGAGAAGAAGAUGAAGAGGAAGGAUAGCCUGUGGCGGAAACUGAAGGGAUCCCUGAAGAAAAAAAAGGAAAGUACAACCUGAUGGCAAUUCUCCAUGAGCCACUCAUCAGGAGCUGACCACAGUAACCUGUAAUAGUUCAAAAAGGCAGCAUUGACACAGCAUCUUCCAGGCCAGGUCCUGGAGCUCCUUCCCUUCAGCUCUCACGCAGAAGUUGCUCCUUGAGAGACUAAUUCAUGGUUUCCCUGUGACUCUUCUGUUCUAUAGUGUCAUUUAGCAUAACCUCUCAUACCUUUUCUGCAACUCUGAGUGGAGAAAAUACUGUCUUUUUUAACAUGUGCUCCAUGGCUGGUCUUCAAAUGCUAUGAGUUACGCCAGCAGCCAAGGCAGAACCAGCUUACACAAGCUCCAGGGCAAUGGAUAAACUUACUCCUCCUCCUCUGCAUGCGCAGGUCAUUUCAUCAUCCCAGGAAUGAAUGACGUUGAUGUCAAUGGACAGACAUUUUGACUUUAAGGACUUUGGGAUAUGACCUUCAGCUUUGCUUUCACGUGUUUAGGUUAGGUUCACAGGUUUAGGGUUAGAUAGAGUGUGCUCAGCCUGCACGCCCGUGUCUGUGUGCGACCGUGUCUGUGAGCCAGGCACAAAGGGAACCCUGGGGAUUCUGACCCCGUGGUGUCCCGUCCCCAUCGUAGCCUGUCCAGGCAGGUUUUGCAAGCAGAGUCAGGCACCAGCGCUGCUGCUCUGCCUCCUCUGAUCUGCACUUGCCAGGACUGGCUGGCAGAGGUGCCACAUCCUACAGAAAUCAUACAAGAGUUUGUGUUGGAAAGGAGCUUUUAAAGGCCACCUGGUCCAAACCCCUGCAAUGAACGGAGACACCUUACACUUGAUCAGGUUUCUCAGAGUCCUAUUUUGCCUGACAUUGGAUGUUUCCAGGGAUGGGGCACCCACCACCAAGUGGGGCAUCCUGUGACAGUGUUUCACCAUCAGCCACACUCUCCUGUCCCACCAAGGAGCUCACAAGUGCUCUGUCUGUCCAAUGAGCCCCAGAGCCCUUCCUUGAGCAGUGCAGCUCUGUCCCAGCAUGUAAUAGCAUCUGUGAUGUAGCAUCCAGCCCUUGACUUACUAGAGAAUUGCAUCAGCUCAAUCACCAUUGCCCACAGUCCUUGACCAUCCAACUGAAACACUUGAUUAAGCAGUUGGACAAGUCUUUUUAAAUAUUCCUUUUUAAA